AUGGAUAAAUUCGGUUUAGAAGCACUCGUCCCCCUUAUCAAGCCUGAUGACAAGGAACUUUCCAAGAUAUAUGAUCAUUCCAUGACACUGGGAGCGGAUCUAACGUCCAUGCUACAUUCCCUAGGGAUUCCUCGUGAUUCUAAAAGACAUCGUGUCUUAGAUACUUUCCAAUCACCAUGGGCAGAAACGUCAAGAAGUGAAGUGGAACCGACUUUCUUCAUCCCAGAUUCAUUCACUCAUAUUCCUGAUGUCCUACAAUCAAACACGAAGGAUACACCGCCAAGUUUUGAUUCAGUACAGAAGGAUCAACAACGUGUAGCGUUAUUCCAAGAUGAAACUUUAUUUUAUCUAUUUUAUAAACAUCCUGGGACAGUUAUUCAAGAACUGACAUAUUUAGAACUAAGGAAACGUAACUGGAGGUAUCAUAAGACCCUAAAGGCAUGGUUGACUAAGGACCCCAUGAUGGAACCAGUGGUGUCGAAUGAUGGACUAAGUGAACGAGGAUCAUAUGUGUUUUUUGACCCCCAAAGGUGGGAAAAAUGUCAAAGAGAAUUCCUAUUGUUUUAUAACGCUAUUAUGUAA